GCCAUCGUUGUUCAGCUGACCAAAUCCCUUACGGGAUGUGUUUCAUCGCCAAGGUACUGAAAGACUCCCGGCAUGACAAGUUUCCUGAUGCUGGCGAGGAUGAGCUGCUGAAGAUUGUUGGCAACUUACUCUAUCACCGCUACGUGAAUCCAGCCAUGGUUGCACCGGAUGCAUUUGACCUAAUGGAUCUUUCAGCUGGAGGGCAGCUGACUGCAGAUCAACGAAGAAACCUUGGUUUGUUGCAAAGAUGCUGCAGCAUGCUGCGUCCAGUAAGAUGCUCAUGGGAGACGGUGCACAUCUGAGCAUCGUGAAGGAAUACUUGUCACAGUCAUCCCAGAAAUUCAGGAAGAAAAGCUUGAUGUCUGUGCCAAGGGAGACGUACACCGCACUUGCGCUGCCUGGACGAUGUGGAAACUGGAAAUUCUGGGGUGUGCUGAAGCAUGCCCUCUCAGCUUUCGCUCGUGGAAGCACAGAGCAAAGUGACAAGAAUCAGCUGCGAGUUCAAGGAAUUGUCUACCUUGUUCUGAUCUCCUGCCAGUUCCAGCUUGUUGUGCCUGCCGUGAUGGGCGUCGCGUGCAGCGAGAUCAGCUGUGGGCCUGACAUCGCACGGAUGGAGGCUGAGAACAACGGGAAGCCCCGGCUGGUCCGUGAGGAGUCAUCUCUUAAUAUCCCAGCUAUUGCUGCUGCCCACGUUAUUAAGAGAUACGUUGCCCAGGCACCGGGUGAACUCUCCUUGGAGGUGGGAGACCUCGUGUGCGUCAUCGAUAUGCCGCCUCAGGAGCUGAGCCCCCGCUGGAGAGGCAAGCACGGCUUUCAGGUUGGAUUUUUCCCUGGUGAGUGUGUGGAGCUCAUUAACGGAAAAAUCCCGGAGUCUCUCAUCAAUUCAGUGCCAAAGCCAGUGCCAAAGAAGCGCCGCAAGCUCCUCACCUUCCUUCGUUCCGUGGUGAAGGCCCGCCCGAAGCAACGGAAAGAGCGGGAGGUGGAGAAGGAGAGGGUGUUUGGCCGUGACCUGGGAGAGCAUCUUCUCCACUCUGGUCGUGAUGUCCCCCAGGUCCUCCAGAGCUGCGCCGAGUACAUCGAGCAGCAUGGCGUGGUGCAGGGGAUAUACCGCCUGUCCGGCGUGGCAUCCAACGUCCAGAGACUGCGCCAGGAAUUUGAGUCUGAGCAGGUUCCUGAGCUAACCGUCCGCGACGUUCACAGCGCGAGCUCCCUCUGCAAAAUGUACUUCAGGGAGCUCCCGACCCCCCUGCUGACCGACCAGCUGUACGGCAAGUUCUCGGAUGCUGUUGGUGCCACUACGGAGGAGGAGCGGCUGGUCAGAAUGCGGGACGCCAUCCAGCAGCUGCCCGCUCCUCACUACAGGACCCUGGCGUAUCUGAUGAGACACUUGGCCUGCCUGUCUGCAAACAGCUCUGUCACCAACAUGCACGCUAAGAACUUAGCCAUUGUGUGGGCUCCAAACCUCCUAAGAUCACAGCAGAGCGAGUCUGCCUGCGCCAGCGGGAGAGCUGCCUGCAUGGAACUGCAGACGCAGUCGGCUGUAGUGGAAUUCAUCAUCAACCACACAGACGUCCUCUUCUGCUCCACAUCCGGAUCGGACAUUGCAGAUGGAGCAGGGCACAGUUCUCUCUCAGGGCCCCAGGCUGUGCAGACCUCUUCUCCUGCCACAGAGCUGCUCAGCCUGGAGGAGGCGCAGGCACGGAGGCGAGGCCACAGCGGCUCUCCUGUCGUUGUGACACAGAGCAGGGACAUGGAAGUGGAAGAAGGCCCCACAGCUGUACGGGGGAAAUUCCACACAGUCAUCGACUUUCCACCUGAAAGACCAAGUCCACCCAGCAAGAUAAAGGAAUCACCAGCUGGCUGUUGGUGUUCCUGCUUCAGCCUGGGGAAACCAUCGUCUGGGGCCGAACGCCAGCCUCAGCACCGUCCCAGGGAGCCCUCAGAAAUAGAAAUCGUAGUGCUGGCAG